CGUCUGGGUGUGCGGAGCGCGCGCGCGCUGCUUGGAGGCGCACCUGUGAGGUGUCCCUGGAGGAGCGGGAGGUGGGUGCACGGAGCUCGCGGCCUGGGGCGCUUGCACCCCGCACUUGGACUCCUUCCGUCCCGGCAGAGGCACACGAACAUCCAACUCAGGUGAUGAGGAAUCCUUCGCGCACCCAGCGCAGGAGGCUGCUGCCACUGGACGCCUCCAUUGUUUGACCACAACAAGGGUCGGAUUCUCACCCAGCAGGAUCCUAAGGCUUUUGUAGCCCUUCAGCCACUGUGGAUCCUGUCUCUGCCUCUUCUUCUGGAAUGUUUUGGGGGUUUGGACUUACAUCACUGUGACCUGCAAACCCAAGAGACGUGUCUCUGGAAGAUAAGAGAGCUUCUUCAAGAUCAAAAAAAGGACACUGGCAUGAUACCUAUGUAGGCACUUCCAGAAACACAGCUUGCCACACUGGGACCACGAGGAGCUUGCUUCCUGGAAAUGCUUCCUGUCUGAUGUGCAGGAGUCAGCAGGCCAUACUGACUGCUCAGGGGCUGGCUGCAGAGGCUCAGGACCGAUCAGCAGGAUCUCACCCUCAAAUACAGGGGAUACACUGUACAGUCCUUUUUCUAGAAGUGAGAAGUACAAGAUUACUCUGCAAGAGGAAGAUUCCAGGGUCUUAAAAAGGCAAAGGUUUGCACCUUGGCAGCCCCUUGGAAUGUUGACAACUCAGGAUCUAGAACAAAGUUCUAUGUUUAUGAAUUACAGGAUUCAUGUGGAAGUAAAUGUCAUUUUAUAAUCAGUAAUAAUACUGAGUGAGGAACACUAUGCAGGAAGAAACCUUCCAUAGAAAGACAGGCAGGGAAAAGCUUAGGCUGAUCUUAAACUUGCCUAACAGAGCAAGCCUGAGAUAGACUGCCAAAAUGGCCAAAUAAGAGACUUUAUGAAGUGACAAUUCUGUAACUAUAGUAGUUGAAAGGAAAUUUUCUCCUCCAAAUCACGAUACCAAAUAGGAAAAAUGAUCUACAAGUGCCCCAUGUGUAGGGAAUUUUUCUCUGAGAGAGCAGAUCUUUUUAUGCAUCAGAAAAUUCACACAGCUGAAAAGCCCCAUAAAUGUGAUAAGUGUGAUAAGGGUUUCUUUCAUAUAUCAGAACUGCAUAUUCAUUGGAGAGACCACACAGGAGAGAAGGUGUAUAAAUGUGAUGAUUGUGGUAAGGAUUUUAGCACUACAACAAAGCUUAAUAGACAUAAGAAAAUCCACACAGUGGAGAAGCCGUAUAAAUGUUACGAGUGUGGCAAAGCCUUCAAUUGGAGCUCCCAUCUUCAGAUUCAUAUGCGAGUUCAUACAGGAGAGAAACCGUAUGUCUGUAGUGAGUGUGGAAGGGGCUUUAGUAAUAGUUCAAACCUUUGUAUGCAUCAGAGAGUCCACACAGGAGAGAAACCCUUUAAAUGUGAAGAGUGUGGCAAGGCCUUCAGGCAUACUUCCAGCCUCUGCAUGCAUCAAAGAGUUCACACAGGAGAGAAGCCCUAUAAAUGUUACGAGUGUGGGAAGGCCUUCAGUCAGAGUUCCAGCCUUUGCAUCCACCAGAGAGUCCACACUGGAGAGAAACCCUAUAGAUGUUGUGGAUGUGGGAAGGCCUUCAGUCAGAGUUCAAGCCUUUGCAUCCAUCAGAGAGUCCACACAGGAGAGAAACCUUUUAAAUGUGAUGAGUGUGGGAAGGCCUUCAGUCAGAGUACAAGCCUCUGCAUCCACCAGAGAGUCCACACAAAGGAGAGAAACCAUCUCAAGAUAUCAGUUAUAUAAAACAUUUUGCUAAGAAUUAAAAAUCUUAAAACCCAUAAGUGCCACUAGGAAGGAAACCCUGUAUAUACCUACAUUGACC